CUGCACCAUCCGCCACGAGACUCUCUCCGCAUGCGGAAGCAGCCGCCGCUGUAGUACCCACCAGUCCUUCAUGGUGCUGCUGGGUACCAACCUGCCGACAAGAGCUACGGCCUGCCGGAGGAGCUCCCUCUUCUCGUCCCCCAUUUGUAUAUGCAGUGCCCACCUAUGCACAACCCGAUGCAUCAAAUAGGUUCUGCGUACGGAUUCCUGUGCCAUGGGCUCGCCAUGAUGCUAGCCGUUGACGAGCUAGAGAAGCGGUGGGGCUCGCGAUGGCGCCUACAUAAAGAGAGGCAGCUCUUCUCCAUGCGGAAGGUCAUCAUAGACGAGGUUGUGCGGCUCGCCGGCUCUAGGGCAAUCAGCAGCACGGGCCAAGGACACCGACAAGGACGAGGUUCGCAUUGCGAUCAUAAACGCUAAAUAACGCUUUGGAGACCGCUGGGCGCUUCCUAGUGCCGCAAUGCAGCUGUCACUACAGAGUCACCAACACAACGUCAAGACGAUGUGUAGCAACUUCCGUUCUACGUUUGGUGACGACGAGAUCAACGCUCUUGGCAUAGACGAAAUGAAAUUCGAUACCGACUCUGGACAACUCCCUGAACCGAAACUGUACCAGGAUAUAAUGAUGACUCUCUAUUUUCAAGUCAAAGUCAUCCGAGUUGCUGAUGCAGACAUUGCCCAGCUCGAGGGUUUAUUUGGGCAGCUCUCUGUUACACCUAUUACCAGAAGCGUGACCGUGCCCACGAACCAGCUCGGGGGAGGAACUUCUACGUCGACAGAAACAGAAUCGUUGCGCAGAUGAACGGCCCCACCUGGAAGGCCAAGUCGCAGCAGGUGAUUGUGUUAAAGAGCAUGAUAUCCAAGUUGGAGGGGAUCUCGGGGACGGGGUCACGUACCAGCGGACGCGGGUUGGGGUGAACGAAUAGGCGACAUGAUGCACGAGGUAGUACGGGAUAUGAAGGCGGUAUUGGGCGACUUGCUAAUGGUGGGGGGAGACGAUUUCGGCACAGUGCCAGCUUCGAAUGGGCGCGGAUUGAGGACGACCACAGCGACGACAGGGUGGAUGAUUUACAUGUAUUGACUGGCAAGUCUGGCAGUCGCUUUUGAUUAUUCCA